UAAGGUUCCGUUUGAUGACAUGUGUGAAAUGCUUUAAAAUGAAUUGCAAUGUCCGGUUAACGACUAUAAAGCCAGACUUCCUCUAUAGAGGAAAAAAAAACCGAACCCCUGUUAGGAGGUGCAAUCGUGUGAAGUAGUGAAAUGAUGGAGCCGUGACGUCGUCCUACAAUGUUAUGGUUCUCCUGGUGCGGUGACGUAAUACCACAAAAACAUGGUUCCGUUGUUUUGAACCAGAAAGCGUGCUAAGCAUUUUUUUUAAGUAAAUGCGAUUUAUAUUGCUCCCCUCAAAGUCAGUGGAAGCCCCCUCCCCGCCCCCCAUGCCAGAUGAUGGCUCAGAGCAUGGAAACGUGUGCGGAAUCUGGACGCCAGCUGCGCUCCAUCUGCCGGAGGAUGUACGAUGAAAACGAAGACUUUUCUGACGUGGAGGAAAUUGUCAACAUCAGAGGAUUUAGUCUAGAGGAAAAACUCGCCAGUAAUAGAUACAAUGCAGACUUUGUCCAGGCGAUGGAAGGCAAAGAUUUCACCUAUGAAUAUGUUCAGCGAGAAGCUCUAAGGAGCCCACUUAUAUUCAAACUCAAAGAUGGCCUUGGGAUCAGAAUGCCUGACGAAGAAUUUACCGUCAGUGAAAUUAAAGGUUUAGUUGGCAGCCGUCGCUCAGUGGACGUCAUGGACGUGAGCACGCAGAAGGGCUCGGAGAUGACCAUGGCGCAGUUCGUCCGCUACUAUGAGACCCCGGAGAAAGAGCGAGAGAAACUGUUCAACGUCAUCAGCUUAGAGUUCAGCCACACCAAGCUGGAGCACCUCAUCAAACGCCCUACUGUGGUGGACCUAGUGGACUGGGUGGACAACAUGUGGCCGUCUGAACUCAAGCAAAGACAAACCGAGUCCACCAACGUCAUCUCAGAGAUGAAGUACCCUAAAGUGCAGAGGUAUUGUCUGAUGAGUGUCAAGGGCUGCUAUACAGACUUCCACAUUGAUUUCGGCGGGACUUCGGUAUGGUAUCACGUCUUCAAGGGAAAAAAGGUUUUCUGGCUGGUGCCCCCCACCCCUCACAACCUGGCCCUCUAUGAGGACUGGGUGCUAUCAGGCAAGCAGAGCGACAUCUUCUUGGGGGACCGGGCUGACGGGUGCCAGAGAGUGGAGCUGAAGCAGGGAAAUACCUUCUUCAUCCCCUCAGGAUGGAUCCAUGCUGUCUACACCCCCGAGGAUACCCUGGUGUUCGGAGGAAACAUCCUUCACAGCUUCAACAUUCCCAUGCAGCUCAGCAUCUAUGAGAUAGAGAACAGGACGAAGGUGAACUCCAAAUUCCGCUACCCGUUUUACCACGAGAUGUGCUGGUAUGUGUUGGAGCGGUACGUCUGCUGCCUGACCAAGAAGUCCUACCUCUCCAAGGAGCUCCACAAAGAUCGCACGCUUCAAGACUCUGAGGUAAAGAUGGGCACAGCGAGCCCCCCCUCGCACCCCCCCGCCCGGGACGUGGACGAGACCCGGGCGGGGGACCACCAGGAGGGGGACAAAGCAGACUCCCAGGAGGACAGAUGCAUCCACACGCCCGCGUUCCCCAAAGACCCCUCCGGAAGACCCUGUGGCCCCGGCGCCCCGGAGCCCCGCGGCCGACACACCCACCUGACAGAGUUUGAGUUGGAGGGGCUCCAGGCUCUGGUGGACAAGCUGGAGGCCCUCCCGGAGAACAAGAGGUGUGUCCCCGAAGGGCUGAAGGAGCCACAGGCGCUGCUGGAACACAUGAAGGUUCUCCUAAAAGAGCAUGCAGAUGACGACCCCAAACUAGCGAUCAGUGGGGUUCCUGUGGUCUCCUGGACAACUGCCACCACCAAGCCUCCGGCUCCGCCGACGCCCAACCGCCCCAAACCCAAGAUGGCCGCCUCUCCCGCGUCGCCGGUGGUCAAACUGCCGGCGGGCCGCGCGGCGUCGGGCUCCCGGAGGCGCCGGACGCGCUGCCGCCGCUGCGAGGCGUGCACGCGCAGCGAGUGCGGCGCCUGUCACUUCUGCAACGACAUGAAGAAGUUUGGCGGGCCGGGCCGCAUGAAGCAGUCCUGCAUCAUGAGGCAGUGCAUCGCUCCCGUGCUGCCCCACACCGCCGUGUGUCUGGUCUGCGGUGAGGCGGGCAAGGAGGACACGGUGGAGGCCGAGGAGGACAAGGUCAGCCUCAUGCUCAUGGAAUGCUCCAUCUGCAACGAGAUCCUCCACCCCGCUUGCCUGAAGGUGAAAGACUCGGGCGGAGUCGUCAACGACGAGCUGCCCAACUGCUGGGAAUGCCCCAAGUGCAGCCAUGCUGGAAAAAGUGGGAAAGCCCUGAAGCAAAAGAGGGGUCCAGGGUUCAAGUACGCGUCCAACCUGCCCGGGUCGCUGCUCAGAGAGCCGCGCCUCGACCUCCGGGACAUCAAGGAGGAGGAGCCCGACCCCCACGCCGACGUCGCCACGGCAACCGCCGGGUACGUGUUCGGCGGAGAGGUGCCUUCCGUGAAGAAGAUGUUGGGGGAUUGGGAGAGGAAGGACAGCUUGAAGAAGCGCAGUGGAGGUAGUGGGGAGGAAGAAGAUGAUGAGGAGGAGGGGGAGGAGCCUGUGAGGAAGAGGCCUCCUGUGAUGUCGCAAGAUGGGGAGGAGCCUGUGAGGAAGAGGCCUCCCAUGAUGUCGCAAGAGGGGGAGGAGCCUGUGAGGAGAAGGCCACCCAUGAUGUCACCAGAGGGGGAGGCGCCUGUUAGGAAGAGGCCUCCUCUGAUGUCACUAGAGGGGGAGGAGCCUGUGAGGAAGAGGCCUCCUGUGACGUCACCAGACGGGGAGGAGUCUGUUAGGAAGAGGCCUCCUAUGAUGUCGCUAGAGGGGGAGGAGCCUGUGAGGAAGAGGCCUCCUGGGAUGUCACUAGAGGGGGAGGAGCCUGUGAGGAAGAGGACUCCUGGGAUGUCACCAGAGGGGGAGGAGCCUGUGAGGAAGAGGACUCCCAUGAUGUCACUAGAAGGGGCGCCCCGGCCGAGGCUUGAGGGCAACCCACUGAGGAAGAAGAGGAAGCUGUUCGACACAAACGAUGAAGAUGUCAUCAAGAAGAAGAGGCCUUCAAAGCCCGACAACUCUGGCACCCUGACGCUGUUCCGGCAGAUCAAAACGGAACCCGACGACGGUGACUAUGGCGACGCACCCUCCGGCGACCAAGGGGAGUUCCUCGCAAAACAGGACAGGUACCGGGACCCGCCUCACGUGAAGGAACCCGCCACGGACGAAGACGAAGGAGGCCCACAGGGCGAGGAAGAAGAGGAGAAACCCGUCAAACAGGAAGUCAAUCCGGGCGAUGCAGAGGUCAAAAUCAAGGUCCCGCCCACAGCUGCGUCCAGAGUGAGCGACUGGCGCUCCUCUUCCUGCGCUUCUCGGGCGGGGCCCAGCGAGGCCAUCGGCGGCCAGGGGCGGGGCCCUGGUCCCCUCAAGGGCCGCCUCCAGCGCCGGCGUCUGCCCAACAAGGAGCUGAGCAGGGAGCUGAGCAAGGAGCUCAACCCGGAGAUCAACCCCGGGCUGGCCCCGCCCCCAACGCCGACGUCAGCCAAUCGCGGUCGAAGGCCGCCGAAGAGGGUGAAGCCGUCGACCGAUGGCAGCUGCCGAUCGAUUAAGACGGAGGAACCGCCGGACCCCCAGCCGAUCCUGACCAAUCACGGCGGCAGGACGGUGAAAGCGGAAGAGGCCUCGGCCAAUCCGAGCCGCAGACCGGCGAUCAAGAGCGAACCCCAGGGCGAGGGGGAGGAGCCUAAGCCACACCAACCAAAGCGGGCGCUGCACAGCCAGGAUGCCACCCAAGACGCCGGCAGGUUCUCCCCUCCCCCGCUGGGCUGCAGUCGACCCCCGGCCGUCCCGCCCAGACCGACCCACCCUCUGCACAAGCUCCACCCCCCUACGGAGCGCCACGUCAUCAGGCCGCCGCCCAUCAGCCCCCCUCCGGACCGCCUGCCGCUGGCCAACGGCCGGACGCACGCGCUGCGGCGGGAGCUGUGGAGGGCGGUGUUCGGCCAGCUCACGCACGGCGAGCUGUGCACCUGCAUGCGCGUCUGCAAGACCUGGAACCGAUGGUGCUGUGACAAGCAGCUGUGGCGGCGUGUGGAGGUGCGGCGCUGCAGGUCCAUCAGCGCCCUGAUGCUGAGCGGGGUGAUCCGCCGGCAGCCCGUGGCCCUGGACCUCGGCUGGACCAACAUCUCCAAGACCCAGCUCAGCUGGCUCAUCCACAGGCUGCCUGGUCUGAGGGUGCUGCUGCUGUCUGGGUGCUCGUGGGCGGCGGCGUCGGCCCUGUGCACCUCCAGCGGCCCCCUGCUGAGGACCCUGGACGUCCAGUGGGUGGAGGGGCUCGCCGACCCCCAGAUGAGAGACCUGCUCUCCCCCCCCACGGACAGCAGACCAGGCCAGAGUGACAGCCGGAGCCGGCUGCGUAACGUGGAGGAGCUGCGGCUGGCGGGGCUGGACAUCACGGACGCCACGCUGCGGCUGCUCAUCCUCCACAUGCCGGCGCUCACCCUGCUGGACCUCAGCUACUGCAACCACGUCACCGACCAGUCGGUCAACCUGCUGACCGCCGCCGGCACCGCCACAAGGGACUCCCUGACGCACGUCAGCCUCGCGGUCUGCAACAGGGUCACGGACCAGUGCCUGGCGUACUUCAAGCGCUGCGGCAGCAUCUGCCACAUCGACCUGCGCUACUGCAAGCUGGUCACCAGGGAGGGCUGCCAGCGCUUCAUCGCCGAGAUGUCCGUGAGUGUGCCGUUCGGACUGCGGGAGGAGAAGCUGCUGCAGCGGAUCAGCUAGUCGGCAGGAGGAGGAGGGACUUGUUUUUCUACAGCCGGUCAUUUGGAUGAGUCGCCAUGAGCCAUUUUCACGAUCAGUCCGUUUGUGACAUCACAACGGGUACGGAGGGGCUAGGAGGCCUCCCACCUUGUGAUGUCACAAGUCGGGAGGGACCACCCAUCCGUCCUAAGUCUGAGUGGACGCUCCCACCUUGUGGUGUCACAAAUGGGUGUAUGUUGAAAUGGCUCUUAUGCCGCGGAUCCACUGCAGGGUGCGGAACGGAUCGGUUCGCAAAGGUGCGGUACGGGUUGCGUUUCCACCGCCAAAAGUGGGCAUGACCCAGACUUAGCUGUACCCGUUUUGGCCUCGUUUUCAGUACUCCU